AUGUCUCGCUUGCAUGCUAGUAUUAGUUGGCAACAGUCGCGGUCGCAGUGGCUCAAGGAGGGUGACGCUAAUACUAAGUACUUCCAUUCAGUCUUGGCGGGACGUAGGCGACGGAAUGCUAUUUCGGUAAUUCAAGUGGAUGGGGUAAGUUUGGAGGGUGUGAAUCCGAUCAGGCAGGCAGUGUUUUCGCAUUUUGCGUCUCACUUUAAGAAUCAAAAUAUGGAAAGACCCGGAGUGGAGAAUCUUCAGUUUAAGAGGUUGAACCAUUUUGAGUGUAGUAGCCUUAUCAAACCUUUUACGGAAGCAGAGGUGAAAUCAGUUGUGUGGGACUGUGAUAGUUUUAAAAGUCCUGGGCCUGAUGGGAUAAAUUUUGGUUUCUUUAAGGAUUUUUGGACGGAGUUGCGUGGAGAUGUCAUGCGUUUUAUUUCAGAUUUUCAUCGGAAUGGAAAACUGACAAAAGGAAUCAAUUCUACUUUUAUUGCGCUGAUCCCAAAGGUUGAUAGCCCUCAACGGCUGAAUGAUUUUCGACCGAUUUCGUUAGUUAGUAGUAUUUAUAAAAUUUUGGCGAAGGUUCUCGCGAAUCGGUUACGUCUUGUUAUUGGAAGUGUGAUAUCGGAGUCUCAGACGACGUUUGUUAAGGAUAGGCAGAUUCUGGAUGGAAUUCUUAUAGCUAAUGAGGUUGUGGAUGAGGCUCGAAAAUCUAAGAAGGAACUUAUGCUUUUCAAGGUGGAUUUCGAGAAGGCCUAUGAUUCGGUGGAUUGGAGUUAUUUGGACAAGGUUAUGGAGAGUAUGUUGUUUCCUACUUUGUGGAGGAAGUGGAUUAAGGAGUGUGUGGGUACGGCUACAGCAUCUAUUCUGGUCAAUGGUAGCCCAACUGAUGAAUUCCCUCUUGAGAGAGGCCUUAGACAAGGAGAUCCAUUGUCUCCUUUUCUUUUCCUCUUGGCUGCGGAGGGGUUAAAUGUGUUGAUGGAGGCUAUGGUAGCGCGUAAUUUAUUUGUGGGAUAUAGUUUAGGGGAAGUGGGAAAAAUUCCUUUUCUUUAUCUGGGUCUUCCUAUUGGGGGUGAUUCGAGGCGCUUGGGCUUUUGGAAAUCGGUGUUGGAACGUUUGAAGAAUAGAUUAUCUGGGUGGAAGAGUCGCUUUCUUUCUUUUGGUGGUCGUCUGGUUUUGAUUAAGUCUGUCUUGACAUCUCUACCAAUUUUUUUGGGGGGGUGUGAGGAUUUUAGGAAAACAGCUUGGGUAAAUUGGAAAACUAUUUGUUUACGGAAAGAGUAUGGAGGUUUGGGGGUACGGCAGUUGCGGGAGUUUAAUGUGGCACUGUUAGGUAAGUGGUGUUGGAGGAUGUUAGUGGAUCGAGAGGGGUUGUGGUUUCGUGUGUUGGCAGCUCGUUAUGGGGUGGAGAGAGGGAGAUUGAGAGAUGGAGGGCGACGAGGGUCUUUGUGGUGGAGAGAGAUAGUGAGCAUCCGGGAUGGUGUUGCAGAGUCAGGGGGAGGUUGGUUCAGGGAGAAUGUGGUUAGGAAGGUGGGGGAUGGUUUAGAUACUCUUUUUUGGACUGACCCCUGGGUGGAUGAGACUCCUUUAUGUGAGCGAUUUGGCCGUCUGUUUGCUUUAUCAGAGACCAAAUUACUUACGGUGGCCGAGAUGUUCUCGUUAGGGUGGGGGAUGGAUGGGAUGGCUUGGGUUUGGCGGAGGCAGUUGAGGGCGUGGGAGGAGGACAUGCUGAGGGAGUGUCAGUUUUUACUUGCUAACAUCUCUUUACAGGCACAUCACUCAGAUAGGUGGCAGUGGCAGCCAGAUCCUGACACAGGCUAUACUGUUCGAGGAGUUUACCAGCUUUUGACUGCUCGUGAUUCGGUUACUAUGGAUGAUGCAUCUCAUCUUAUUUGGCAUCCUCAGAUCCCUUUGAAGGUAUCCAUCUUUGCGUGGCGUCUACUUCGUGACAGGUUAUCUACAAAGACAAACCUGGUUAUUCGAGGCAUCAUAUCAUCUUCAGCACAGGUGUGCGUAGCUGGUUGUGGGGAGGCAGAGUCGGCUCAUCAUUUAUUCAUCUCUUGUAGUUUCUUUGGUUCUCUUUGGGCUUUGGUAUGCACGUGGAUCGACAUUUCUUUGACGGACUCCAGUACUAUCCAGGAACACUUUGUUCAUUUCACAUCAUCAUUGGGUGGUUCUCGGGCACGCCGGUCUUUUUUGCAGCUUAUUUGGCUUGUGGUUGAAGUCAAAGAAUGCUACUUUGGCUUUAAACUACCAUAG